CCCCAUUCUCCCGCUUUCCAUCACCCGCCCAUUCUCCCGCUUACCAUCAUCCCGCCCCAUUCUCCCUCUAUCCAUCACCCCGCCCCAUUCUCACGUCUUCCAUCACCCCGCCCCAUUCUCCCGCUUUCCAUCACCCCGCCCCAUUCUUCUGCUUUCUAUCACCCCACCCCAUUCUCUCGAUUUGCAUCACCCCGCCCCAUUCUCCCGCCUUCCAUCACCCCGCCCCAUUCUCCCUCUUUCCAUCACCCCGCCCCAUUCUCCCGCUUUCCAUCACCCCGCCCCGUUCUCCCUCUUUCUAUCACCCCGCCCCAUUCUCCCACUUUCCAUCACCCCGCCCGCUUUCCAUCACCGCGCUCCAUUCUCCCGAUUUCCAUCACCCCGCCCAAUUCUCCCUCUUUCCAUCACCCCUCCCCAUUCUCCCUCUUUCUAUCAAACCACCCCAUUCUCCCGCUUUCCAUCACCCGGGCCCAUUCUCCCUCUUAACAUCAACCCGCCCCAUUCUCACGCUUUCCAUCACCCCGCCCCAUUCUCCCUCAUUCCAUCACCCCGCCUUAUUCUCCCGCUUUCCAUCACCCGCCCCAUUUUCCCGCUUUCCAUCACCCCGCCCCAUUCUCCCUCUUUCCAUCACCCCGCCCCAUUCUCCCGCUUUCCAUCACUCCGCCCCAUUCUCCCGCUUUCCAUCACCCCGCCCCAUUCUCCUGCCUUCCAUCAUCCCGCCCCAUUCUCCCGCUUUCCAUCACCCCGCCCCAUUCUCCCGCUUUCCAUCACCCCACCCCAUUCUCCCGAUUUGCAUCAUCCCGCCCCAUUCUCCCGCCUUCCAUCACCCCGCCCCAUUCUCCAUCUUUCCAUCACCCUGCCCCAUUCUCCCGCUUUCCAUCACCCUGCCCCAUUCUCCCUCUUUCCAUCACCCCGCCCCAUUCUCCCGCUUUCCAUCACACCACUCCAUUCUCCCGCUUUCCAUCACCUCGCCCUAUUUUCUCUCUUUCCAUCACCCCGCCCCAUUCUCCCGCUUUCCAUCACCCCGCCCCAUUCUCCCGCUUUCCAUCACCCCGCUCCAUUCUCCCGCUUUCCAUCAACCUGCCAAAUUCUCCCUCUUUCCAUCACCCCUCCACAUUCUCCCUCUUUCCAUCACCCCGCCCCAUUCUCCCGCCUUCCAUCACCCCACGCCAUUCUCCCGCUUUCCAUCACCCCGCCCCAUUCUCCCGCUUUCCAUCACCCCGCCCCAUUCUCCCUCUUUCCAUCACCUCGCCCCAUUCUCCUGCUUUCCAUCACCCCUCCCCAUUCUCCCGCUGUCCAUCACCCCACCCCAUUCUCCCACUUUCCAUCACCCCGCCCCAUUCUCCCGCUUUCCAUCACCCUGCCCAUUCUCCCUCUUUCCAUCACCCCGCCCCAUUCUCCCUCUUUCCAUCACUCCGCCCCAUUCUCCCUCUAUCCAUCACCCCGCCCAAUUCUCCCGCAUUCCAUCACCCCGUCCCAUUCUCCCGCUUUCCAUCACCCCGCCCCAUUCUCCCGCUUUCCAUCACCCCGCCCCAUUCUCCCGCUUUCCACCACCCCGCGCCAUUCUCCCGCUUUCCAUCACCCCGCCCCAUUCUCCCUCUUUCCAUCACCCCGCCCCAUUCUCCCGCUUUCCAUCACCCCGCCCCAUUCUCCCUCUUUCCAUCACCCCGCCCCAUUCUCCCGCUUUCCAUCACUCCGCCCCAUUCUCCCGCUUUCCACCACCCUGCCCCAUUCUCCCGCUUUCCACCACCCCGCCCCAUUCUCGCGCUUUCCAUCACCCCUCCCCAUUCUCCCGCUUUCCAUCACUUCGCCCAAUUCUCUCGAUUUCCAUCACCCCGCCCCAUUCUCCCGUUUUCUAUCACCCGGCCCCAUUCUCCCGCUUUCCAUCACCCCGCCCCGUUCUCCCGCUUUCCAUCACCCCGCCCCAUUCUCCCGCUUUCUAUCACCCCGCCCCAUUCUCGCUCUUUCCAUCACCCCGCCCCAUUCUCCCGCAUUCCUUCACCCGGCCCCAUUUUCCCUCGUUCCAUCACCCCGCUCCAUUCUCCCGCUUUCCAUCACCCCGCCCAGUUCUCCCUCUUUCCAUCAUCCCUCCCCAUUGUCCCUAUUUCCAUCACCCCGCCCCAUUCUCCCGCUUUCCAUCACCCCGCCCCAUUCUCCCUCUUUCCACCACCCCGCCCCAUUCUCCCUCUUUCCAUCACCCCGCCCCAUUCUCCCGCUUUCCAUCACCCCGCCCCAUUCUCCCUCUUUCCAUCACCCCGCCCCAUUCUCCCGCUUUCCAUCACCCCGCCCCAUUCUCCCUCUUUCCAUCACCCCGCUCCAUUCUCCCGCUUUCCAUCACCCCGCCCCAUUCUCCCUCUUUCCAUCACCCCGCCCCAUUCUCCCGCUUUCCAUCACCCCGCCCCAUUCUCCCGCUUUCCAUCACCCCGCCCAAUUCUCCCGCUUUCCAUCACCACGCCCCAUUUUCCCUCUUUCCAUCACCCCGCCCCAUUCUCCCGCUUUCCAUCACCCCGCCCCAUUCUCCCGCUUUCCAUCACCCCGCUCCAUUCUCCCGCUUUCCAUCAUCCCCCCCAAUUCUCCCUCUUUCUAUCACCCCUCUCCAUUCUCCCGCUUUCCAUCACCCCGCCCCAUUCUCCCUCUUUCCAUCACCCCGCCCCAUUCUCCCUCUUUCCAUCACCCCGCCCCAUUUUCCCGCUUUCCAUCACCCCGCCCCAUUCUCCCUCUUUCUAUCACCCCGCCCCAUUCUCCCGCUAUCCAUCACCCCGCCCCAUUCUCCCGCUUUCCAUCACCCCGCUCCAUUCUCCCGCUUUCCAUCACCCCGCCCUAUUCUCCCUCUUUCCAUCACCCCUCCCCAUUCUCCCUCUUUCCAUCAACCCGCCCCAUUCUCCCGCUUUCCAUCACCCCGCGCCAUUCUCCCUCUUUCCAUCACCCCGCCCCAUUCUCUCGCUUUCCAUCACCCCGCCCCAUUCUCCCACUUUCCAUCACCCCGCCCCAUUCUCCCGCUUUCCAUCACCCGCCCCAUUCUCCCGCUUUCCAUCAUCCUGCCCCAUUCUCCUCCUAUCUAUCACCCCGCCCCAUUCUCACGCCUUCCAUCACCCCGCCCCAUUCUCCCGCUUUCCAUCACCCCGCCCCAUUCUCCCGCUUUCCAUCACCCCACCCCAUUCUCUCGAUUUGCAUCACCCCGCCCCAUUCUCCCUCUUUCCAUCACCCCGCCCCAUUCUCCCGCUUUCCAUCACCCCGCCCCAUUCUCCCUCUUUCUAUCACCCCGCCCCAUUCUCCCGCUUUCCAUCACCCCGCACGCUUUCCAUCACCCCGCUCCAUUCUCCCGAUUUCCAUCACCCCGCCCAAUUCUCCCUCUUUCCAUCACCCCUCCCCAUUCUCCCCCUUUCCAUCAAACCGCCCCAUUCUCCCGCUUUCCAUCACCCCGGCCCAUUCUCCCUCUUAACAUCACCCCGCCCCAUUCUCUCGCUUUCCAUCACCCCGCCCCAUUCUCCCUCAUUCCAUCACCCCGCCCCAUUCUCCCGCUUUCCAUCACCCGCCCCAUUUUCCCGCUUUCCAUCACCCCGCCCCAUUCUCCCUCUUUCCAUCACCCCGCCCCAUUCUCCUGCCUUCCAUCAUCCCGCCCCAUUCUUCCGCUUUCCAUCACCCCGCCCCAUUCUCCCGCUUUCCAUCACCCCACCCCGUUCCCCCGAUUUGCAUCACCCCGCCCCAUUCUCCCGCCUUCCAUCACCUCGCCCUUUUUUCUCUCUUUCCAUCACCCCGCCCCAUUCUCCCGCUUUCCAUCACCCCGCCCCAUUCUCCCGCUUUCCAUCACCCGGCUCCAUUCUCCCGCUUUCCAUCAACCCGCCCAAUUCUCCCUCUUUCCAUCACCCCUCCCCAUUCUCCCUCUUUCCAUCACCCCGCCCCAUUCUCCCGCUUUCCAUCACCCCGCGCCAUUCUCCCGCUUUCCAUCACCCCGCCCCAUUCUCCCGCUUUCCAUCACCCCACCCCAUUCUCCCUCUUUCCAUCACCUUGCCCCAUUCUCCUGCUUUCCAUCACCCCUCCCCAUUCUCCCGCUGUCCAUCACCCCGCCCCAUUCUCCCACUUUCCAUCACCCCGCCCCAUUCUCCCGCUUUCCAUCACCCUGCCCAUUCUCCCUCUUUCCAUCACCCCACCCCAUUCUCCCUCUUUCCAUCACUCCGACCCAUUCUCCCUCUAUCCAUCACCCUGCCCAUUCUCCCGCUUUCCAUCACCCCGUCCCAUUCUCCCGCUUUCCAUCACCCGCCCCAUUCUCCCGCUUUCCAUCACCCCGCCCCAUUCUCCCGCUUUCCAUCAUCCCGCCCCAUUCUCCCGCUUUCCACCACCCCGCCCCAUUCUCCCGAUUUCCAUCACCCCGCUCCAUUCUCCCUCUUUCCAUCACCCCGCCCAAUUAUCCCUCUUUCCAUCACCCCGCCCCAUUCUCCCUCUUUCCAUCACCCCGCCCCAUUCUCCCGCUUUCCAUCACCCGCCCCAUUUUCCCGAUUUCCAUCACCCCGCCCCAUUCUCCCUCUAUCCAUCAACCCGCCCAAUUCUCCCGCUUUCCAUCAGCCCCCCCAUUCUCCCGCUUUCCAUCACCCGCCCAUUCUCCCGCUUUCCAUCAUCCCGCCCCAAUCUCCCUCUCUCCAUCACCCCGCCCCAUUCUCACGUCUUCCAUCACCCCGCCCCGUUCUCCCGCUUUCCAUCACCCCGCCCCAUUCUUCUGCUUUCCAUCACCCCACCCCAUUCUCUCGAUUUGCAUCACCCCGCCCCAUUCUCCCGCCUUCCAUCACCCCGCCCCAUUCUCCCUCUUUCCAUCACCCCGCCCCAUUCUCCCGCUUUCCAUCACCCCGCCCCGUUCUCCCUCUUUCUAUCACCCCGCCCCAUUCUCCCACUUUCCAUCACCCCGCCCGCUUUCCAUCACCCCGCUCCAUUCUCCCGAUUUCCAUCACCCCGCCCAAUUCUCCCUCUUUCCAUCACCCCUCCCCAUUCUCCCUCUUUCUAUCAAACCACCCCAUUCUCCCGCUUUCCAUCACCCGGGCCCAUUCUCCCGCUUAACAUCAACCCGCCCCAUUCUCACGCUUUCCAUCACCCCGCCCCAUUCUCCCUCAUUCCAUCACCCCGCCCCAUUCUCCCGCUUUCCAUCACCCGCCCCAUUUUCCCGCUUUCCAUCACCCCGCCCCAUUCUCCCUCUUUCCAUCACCCCGCCCCAUUCUCCCGCUUUCCAUCACUCCGCCCCAUUCUCCCGCUUUCCAUCACCCCGCCCCAUUCUCCUGCCUUCCAUCAUCCCGCCCUAUUCUCCCGCUUUCCAUCACCCCGCCCCAUUCUCCCGCUUUCCAUCACCCCACCCCAUUCUCCCGAUUUGCAUCAUCCCGCCCCAUUCUCCCGCCUUCCAUCACCCCGCCCCAUUCUCCCUCUUUCCAUCACCCCGCCCCAUUCUCCCGCUUUCCAUCACCCUGCCCCAUUCUCCCUCUUUCCAUCACCCCGCCCCAUUCUCCCGCUUUCCAUCACACCACUCCAUUCUCCCGCUUUCCAUCACCUCGCCCUAUUUUCUCUCUUUCCAUCACCCCGCCCCAUUCUCCCGCUUUCCAUCACCCCGCCCCAUUCUCCCGCUUUCCAUCACCCCGCUCCAUUCUCCCGCUUUCCAUCAACCCGCCAAAUUCUCCCUCUUUCCAUCACCCCUCCCCAUUCUCCCUCUUUCCAUCACCCCACCCCAUUCUCCCGCUUUCCAUCACCCCGCCCCAUUCUCCCGCUUUCCAUCACCCCGCCCCAUUCUCCCUCUUUCCAUCACCUCGCCCCAUUCUCCUGCUUUCCAUCACCCCUCCCCAUUCUCCCGCUGUCCAUCACCCCACCCCAUUCUCCCACUUUCCAUCACCCCGCCCCAUUCUCCCGCUUUCCAUCACCCUGCCCAUUCUCCCUCUUUCCAUCACCCCGCCCCAUUCUCCCUCUUUCCAUCACUCCGCCCCAUUCUCCCUCUAUCCAUCACCCCGCCCAAUUCUCCCGCUUUCCAUCACCCCGUCCCAUUCUCCCGCUUUCCAUCACCCCGCCCCAUUCUCCCGCUUUCCAUCACCCCGCCCCAUUCUCCCGCUUUCCACCACCCCGCGCCAUUCUCCCGCUUUCCAUCACCCCGCCCCAUUCUCCCUCUUUCCAUCACCCCGCCCCAUUCUCCCGCUUUCCAUCACCCCGCCCCAUUCUCCCUCCUUCCAUCACCCCGCCCCAUUCUCCCGCUUUCCAUCACUCCGCCCCAUUCUCCCGCUUUCCACCACCCUGCCCCAUUCUCCCGCUUUCCACCACCCCGCCCCAUUCUCGCGCUUUCCAUCACCCCUCCCCAUUCUCCCGCUUUCCAUCACUUCGCCCAAUUCUCUCGAUUUCCAUCACCCCGCCCCAUUCUCCCGUUUUCUAUCACCCGGCCCCAUUCUCCCGCUUUCCAUCACCCCGCCCCGUUCUCCCGCUUUCCAUCACCCCGCCCCAUUCUUCCUCUUCCCAAUACCCGCUUAAUUCUCCCGCUUUCCAUCAUCCUGCCCCAUUCUCCCGCUUUCCACCACCCCGCCCCAUUCUCCCGAUUUCCAUCACCCCGCCCCUCUCCCGCUUUCCAUCACUCCGCCCCAUUCUCCCGCUUUUCAUCACCCAGCUCCAUUCUCCCGCUUUCCAUCACCCCGCCCAAUUAUCCCUCUUUCCAUCACCCCGCCCCAUUCUCCCUCUUUCCAUCACCCCGCCCCAUUCUCCCGCUUUCCAUCACCCGCCCCAUUUUCCCGAUUUCCAUCACCCCGCCCCAUUCUCCCACUUUCCAUCACCCCGCCCCAUUCUCCCGCUUUCCAUCACCCCGCCCCAUUCUCCCUGUUUCCAUCACCCCGCCCCAUUCUCCCGCUUUCCAUCACCCCGCCCCAUUCUCCCGCUUUCCAUCACCCAGCCCCAUUCUCCCGCUUUCCAUCACCCCGCCCCAUUCUCCCGCUUUCUAUCACCCCGCCCCAUUCUCGCUCUUUCCAUCACCCCGCCCCAUUCUCCCGCAUUCCUUCACCCGGCCCCAUUUUCCCUCGUUCCAUCACCCCGCUCCAUUCUCCCGCUUUCCAUCACCCCGCCCCAUUCUCCCGCUUUCCAUUACCCCGCCCCAUUCUCCCUCUUUCCACCACCCCGCCCCAUUCUCCCUCUUUCCAUCACCCCGCCCCAUUCUCCCGCUUUCCAUCACCCCGCCCCAUUCUCCCUCUUUCCAUCACCCCGCCCCAUUCUCCCGCUUUCCAUCACCCCGCCCCAUUCUCCCUCUUUCCAUCACCCCGCUCCAUUCUCCCGCUUUCCAUCACCCCGCCCCAUUCUCCCUCUUUCCAUCACCCCGCCCCAUUCUCCCGCUUUCCAUCACCCCGCCCCAUUCUCCCGCUUUCCAUCACCCCGCCCAAUUCUCCCGCUUUCCAUCACCACGCCCCAUUGUCCCUAUUUCCAUCACCCCGCCCCAUUCUCCCGCUUUCCAUCACCCCGCCCCAUUCUCCCUCUUUCCACCACCCCUCCCCAUUCUCCCUCUUUCCAUCACCCCGCCCCAUUCUCCCGCUUUCCAUCACCCCGCCCCAUUCUCCCUCUUUCCAUCACCCCGCCCCAUUCUCCCGCUUUCCAUCACCCCGCCCCAUUCUCCCUCUUUCCAUCACCCCGCUCCAUUCUCCCGCUUUCCAUCACCCCGCCCCAUUCUCCCUCUUUCCAUCACCCCGCCCCAUUCUCCCGCUUUCCAUCACCCCGCCCCAUUCUCCCGCUUUCCAUCACCCCGCCCAAUUCUCCCGCUUUCCAUCACCACGCCCCAUUUUCCCUCUUUCCAUCACCCCGCCCCAUUCUCCCGCUUUCCAUCACCCCGCCCCAUUCUCCCGCUUUCCAUCACGCCGCCCCAUUUUCCCGAUUUCCAUCACCGGGCCCCAUUCUCCCGCUUUCCAUCACCCCGCCCCAUUCUCCCGCUUUCCAUCACCCCGCCCCAUUCUCCUGCUUUCCAUCACCCAGCCCCAUUCUCCCGCUUUCCAUCACCCCGCCCCAUUCUCCUGCUUUCCAUCACCCCGCCCCAUUCUGCCUCUUUCCAUCACCCCGCCCCAUUCUCCCGCAUUCCUUCAUCCCGCCCCAUUUUCCCUCGUUCCAUCACCCCGCUCCAUUCUCCCGCUUUCCAUCACCCCGCCCAAUUCUCCCUCUUUCCAUCACCCUGCCCUAUUCUCCCGCUUUCCAUCACCACGCCCCAUUCUCUCUCUUUCCACCACCCCGCCCCAUUCUCCCUCUUUCCAUCACCCCACCCCAUUCUCCCGCUUUCCAUCACCCCGCCCCAUUCUCCCUCUUUCCAUCACCCCGCCCCAUUCUCCCGCUUUCCAUCAGCCCGCCCCAUUCUCCCGCUUUCCAUCACCCCACCCCAUUCUCCCGCUUUCCAUCUCCCCGCCCCAUUCUCCCGCUUUCCAUCACCCCGCCCCCUUCUUCCUCCUUCCAUCACCCCGCCCCAUUCUCCCUCCUUCCUUCACCCCGCCCCAUUCUCCCGCUUUCCAUCACCCUGCCCCAUUCUCCAUCUUUCCAUCACCCCGCUCCAUUCUCCCGCUUGUCCAUCACCCCGCCCCAUUCUCCCUGCUUCCAUCACCCCGCCCCAUUCUCCCGCUUUCCAUCACCCCGCCCCAUUCUCCCGCUUUCCAUCACCCCGCCCCAUUCUCCUGCUUUCCAUCACCCCUCCCCAUUCUCCCGCUGUCCAUCACCCCGCCCCAUUCUCCCGCUUUCCAUCAGCCCGCCCCAUUCUCCCGCUUUCCAUCACCCCGCCCCUUUCUCCCGCUUUCCAUCUCCCUGCCCCAUUCUCCCACUUUCCAUCACCCCACCCCAUUCUCCCGCUUUCCAUCACCCCGCCCCAUUCUCCCGCUUCCCAUCAUCCCGCCCCGUUCUCCCGCUUUCCAUCACCCCGCCCCAUUCUCCCUCCUUCCAUCACCCGCCCCAUUCUCCCGCUUUCCAUCACCCCGCCCCAUUCUCCCGCUUUCCAUCACCCCGCCCCCUUCUUCCGCUUUCCAUCACCCCGCCCCCUUCUCCCUCUUUCCAUCACCCCGCCCCAUUCUCCCUCUUUCCAUCACCCCGCCCCAUUCUCCCGCUUUCCAUCAGCCCGCCCCAUUCUCCCGCUUUCCAUCACCCCGCCCCAUUCUCCCGCUUCCCAUAACCCCACCCCAUUCUCCCGCUUCCCAUAA